CACACUCUCUCUGCUUCUACCGCUCCUGCAGCCAUGGAUGUUUCCUACUGCUCCGAUCUGCAGCUCCACGACGAUUCCUUCCUCUUCGACUCCCUGAUGGACAAACAAUACAACACGUUGGCCUUCGAUGCAGCUUCAGAUCCUGGGUAUUUCAGUGCCAGCAGCAGCUCCUUGUCUCCCACCUCCUCUGUGGACUCGUUCUGCUUCUCCCCCAACGCUUUCCAGACGAACGAACCCAACCCUUUGGACUGUUUCGUCUUCAAAAGCCCGGCAGUUCCUCAGCAAAAGAGCCAAGACGCCCAAACUCUUCCUACCUCCACGACAAAGAAAUCCAGAUCCAGAUACCCGGGGAAGAAGCGCCAGACAGCGAGCGACAGGGAGAAGCACAGGAUGAGGGAUCUGACCAAGUCUCUGAACCACCUGAGGACGUAUUUACCUGAAUCUGUGGCUCCAGAAGGACAGACCCUCACCAAAAUCGACACUCUGCGCCUCACCAUCCGAUACAUCUCGUACCUGUCGGCGCAGCUGGGCCUCAGCGAGGAGGUUUUGGAGCAGAAAGCAUCAGAAUCUGUUCAAGAACCCCAAAAUCUGCAGCAGUUCCUGGGUCAGCCGACAGAGAGUUACACCCAGCAGGAAGCAGACUUUCCCUCCAUGAGCACGACCCCAAUGCAGCCCUCCUAUCAGGUUUCAAACGGAGCUUCUCUCUUCUCCAGCGAACAGUUCUGGCAUCUUCAAAACGCAGCGUUCCCCGGACACUGCUGA